ACCUAAAAUGUUUUUUUCGGUAUUUUGAAAUUAUUUGCUGAGCUAAACAAUUUUGCCGUUUGCUUGUUUUCAAAUCUUCCAAGUUAUUCGUAAACCAAAAAUUGUUAAGUGCACUAUAAUUGUAUAUGUAGUUUAAAAAUUAAGGAAGAUAGUACAAUGGGGGCUUUCAAUACCAAGGAAAAUGUAAGCCUCUCUGAUUUGGGAACCGUAACGAAUGAACAAAAUGAGAUCUAUAAACGUAAGGAGAGUAUAAGAAAUGCCGUUAGUCAAGCGAUUCCCAUUUGUGAGCCAAUGCCGCCGGAAUGCAAUAAACCACAUGGCUUGGAAAUGACAGUUGAUAGCCAUAGAAACGCAAGGGAUGAAGAAAUUGAAAAUUCUUCUCAUGACAACAAUUUUCAAGUGAUAAAGCAUAUAGAUUACGGUGUGGAUGAAAAAUUAGCGGAUUACCAGUGUGAAAAGGCAGCAAAUACCCCAAAUGCUUCUAAAUUGCAAUUUUUAAGUGAGAACAUAAAAUUAUACUCUGCACAAAGUAUGGAAAUAACUGCUGAAACAUUUACUACCGAAGAUAAUAAUUCAAAAGUGAAUGUAAUUUUGCUCGAACAAGCCAUUAAAGAAGAGUACAUUGAAGACAAUAUGGCUGAGGAGCGACAAUACGUUUCACUUGGCAAGCCAGGGUCGAAAGCAAAUAAAUCUCCGCAUGCACAAAACUAUGAAAGGGUUCUAAAUCCUUUAUCUUUAGUUAAUACUGAAACGAAGGUCGAAAUAAAAGAACAAGCAAAUUAUCAUUGUGAUGAAUUAAAACAAGAAAUAAUUACGGAAAACUCGGAAGUUUCUAAAUGUAGGAAACCAAUAAAGUGGAUAAUAAAUCCAUUUUCUGUUAUUGCUGACGUAACGAGGACGUAUGGUUUAUUAAUGACUGAAAGACAGAAUAAUUUAACGGAUUUAUAUGCCAAUAAUGCGGAAAUCAAACAAGAAAGUAUCCAGAGUUCAACAGAAAAUUUUUGUUUAAAUGAAUUAAAGGAGGCAGCUUUUGUAAAUAAAAGUUGUUCAGAAUCAGAUCUUUUUUCGGAUUACCAUUCUCUGCACAACACAAGUUUCGAGUCUAUGGCAAAAAGUGAAACUGCUGUUGAGUCUUUAUACAAAAGUAAUUAUAAAGUCAAUAAUGGAACGCCUUAUUGGAUGGUUCAACUGCCAGAAUAUCCGAGUAAGCCAUUUGAAAUGGAGAUAAAACAAAAGCCAAUUGAUGCACGCAGGGGUAAAAAGAAGGACACAAUUAUUGCCAAGCCAAGAAGCAAAAAAGCGACACCAAAGCAAGUGAGGGUAUCUUCAACAAGUGAAAUUAAAACUAAAAGAAACAAGCGGUCUAAAGGAAGCAAAAGAUUACCUAAUUAUGUGCGAAAUAGUCAAAGAACACUCAAAAAAUGUGCUAAAAAAUCUAAGGGCAAACGAUGGCGUAGAUUUGCAGCUGAUAAAACUUAUAUUUGUCCGGUAGUUCUUAGAUCAUUUGCUGCAAACAAAUGCGGCAGAGUUUUACGGUCGAAAAGAAAUGAAUAUUUAAAUAAUAAAAAUAACAACAAGUUUCCAAAACCUUUGGUGGAACAAAAGCCUGAAAUAAUUGCGCCACCCGCACCAAUACAAAUUAAAACCGCUAAUGGAGAUUUAGAUCUUAAUUGUAAUGAGAUAACAGCUCAAGAAAGCAUGCAGCCGGCUUAUGGUGUAACCAAUUAUAGUCAACGCCUUACAACAGAUAGUACAUUAACGCAUUUAACACCAGCCAAAAUUGUAAUUAAUGAAGAGUUUACCAAACAGCAGGAAUACAUACAAAGUGAAAAUAAUUACGGAAGUAUAGUUAGCGCUGCAACACAGGAAAUUCUGCAUAACAAUUGGCAGCCAAUAGUGCGUUUGAAAGAAAUGAAGUUGAUUUCCAAUACAAACGCAUUUAAUAGCGCGAACAGUAUUAAGCUGGAGCCUACAACUAGUUGGACAACAUUAAUACAAUGUCCAAGAGUGUGCAUAAAAUCACCUAACCUAAGUGUCAAUGAAAGUAAAAAUUUUAAAAUGUUAAAAACGAACAGUGCAGUGUUACCUAUUUAUACUAUGCAAACACAAAGCCACAGCAAAUGUUUAAGUGUAAAACUUAAAAGAGAAUUAACACCAGAAAGUGCUGCAAAGUCUUUAUACCCAAUUGAUUUACAUAAAUAUAAUAAUAAAUUAUUACAAACAAUGCAACCUAGAGUGUGCGUGCAGCGUUUGUCAUUGCCAAGAACUGUUAGUCAAUUGCGAUUAGUCAAUACAUUUAAUAUUAAGCAAGAAUGUGAACCCAUGACGUAUAACUUGUCGACUUUAUUCAAAACGCUACCACAGAGUAUUAUGAAUAUACAAAAUAAUUGUAAACUACUAAAGUCUUUGCAGCCGAAGGUGCGUCUCAAACGUUUAAAUUUUACUACACCGCUAUCUAAUGUUAAGUGCAAUACAAAACUACGCCCUAAAUUAAAGGCAGUGGAUAAUUUAUUAAAAUUACAACCAGUUGUGCGUGUGCAACGUUUAAAAUUUAACAAUUUCAAAUUGCAUAGAAACAUAACCUAUGAAAAAGUAGAAAAUCACACGCAACAAUUGAAUGUAGAUUUGGAAGUGAAGCGCGAACGUGAGUGCUAUGACGAGAAAACAGCAUAUGAAUUGAGGAAACGUAAUACGCACAAAGUGGCUUGCAUAAAAGAAGAAAAGGUAUCGCCAAAGCGCAGUAGCAUUGCAUCAUUAACAUCCACGCCAAAAUUGUGUAUAGCAAGGUCAUUUAGUAUGCAGCCCAUCGUACGUUUAAAGCGUUUAAAGUGCAUGCAGUUGGGUGCAGACUUUGCAAAGCACCAUACAUGCGACGAACCGGAAACACCCAUUAAAAUGGAAGUAUUGGAUGUGGCGGAGGAGCAAUUGACUCCUAUUUCGUUUGCCAAGCAAUACGAUGAGCAGGAUAGCGGUAUAUACACGGAUACUACUUACAGGCGCAGUGCGUCUUUUGCACACGACGCCAGUGUAAGUGGUCGGAGCGCUACUAGUAGCGUUACUGCAAUCGAUGAAUUUUCAAAGCAUGAAAUACUUUUCGAAAUCGCCUUACAACGUGCAUGCAUUAAUGAUAUACUCCUACGGCAUGGCUAUUCACCCGUGCAAUUUCGUUUAUACAAUAAUUUAGAAGAUUUAAAAAUAUUUUUGGAUUACUUGCUGGUUAAGUAAUGUCUUUUUUGUAACAUUUUCUGAUAAUGUUAGUCUUAAUUUUUUUUUUUACUUUGAUGAUUUCCAAUUUGCAAUUAAGUCUAAAUUUUCAAAAUUUUUUGUAUAUAGAAUAUGCUUCUUUUAAUUAUUUAAUUUAUUGCACUUUUUUUUUAGUUGCAACAACAAUUUGUUUAUGCAUUUUUUGAGCUAUUAUGGAUAUAAAUAUCUGUAGAUACUUUAUUAACACAAAUACAUUUUUCUAUUAAAUAUUAAUAUUAUUUAA